AUGGCUGCCUCCAGUGGGUGCACGUUCAACUUCAAUGUGGGAGUUUUAGGACACGUCGACAGCGGUAAAACAAGUUUGUCAAAGGUACUAAGUACGGUGGCAAGUACAGCAAGCUUUGAUAAAAAUCCUCAAAGUAAAGAAAGAGGGAUCACUCUUGAUUUGGGGUUCUCGUCGUUCUGUGUUGACUUGCCAGAUCACCUGACGGGGGAGAUUGGCAGUUCCGGCGGUUCCCAGAUUCAGUAUACGCUGGUUGAUUGCCCUGGACAUGCAUCCCUUAUUAAGACCAUCAUCGGAGGUGCCCAGAUCAUUGAUCUAAUGAUGCUGGUGGUGGAUGUCACUAAAGGGAUGCAGACACAAACCGCUGAAUGUCUGGUCAUUGGGGAGAUUGCCUGUCAGAAAAUGGUUGUAGUUCUCAACAAAGUGGAUCUUUUACCAGCAGGAAAGAGGGAAGCUAUGGUGGAGAAGAUGAAAAAGAAGAUGCUGAAGACACUUGAAGCCACAAAGUUUGCAAAUUGUCCGAUGGUAGCAGUUGCUGCUAAGCCAGGAGGGCCUGAGGCUCCACACACGGAGGCAAUUGGUUUGACAGAUUUGAUUGACAUACUGAAGGCCAACACAUAUGUGCCCCAACGUAGUCGAACGGGGCCCUUCAUCUUUUCUGUGGAUCACUGUUUCUCCAUUCGUGGUCAGGGCACUGUGAUGACUGGAACGGCACUGAUGGGCAAUAUAGCCCUCAAUGAUACAAUAGAAAUCCCAUCUAUGAAAGUAACGAAAAAAGUGAAAUCCAUCCAGAUGUUCAAACGACCGAUUGACCAGAUAUCGCAGGGUGACAGAGCAGGUGUUUGUGUGACCCAGUUUGACCCCAAACUGUUGGAACGUGGAUUGGUGUGCAGUCCAGGAGCCUUGCCUACAAUAUCAGCAGCAGUUGUGGCCAUUGAACGCAUCACCUACUACAAAGGUGCCAUUAACUCAAAGGCUAAGUUCCACAUUACCACCGGACAUGACACUGUUAUGGGACGAGUUUCCUUCUUUGGUCUCUAUGGUAACACAUCUACUGGCGCUCAAGGUGACACACCAGAUUCUACCUCCAAACCUUUUGACUUUAGCCAGGAAUAUGUUUAUCAGGAUGAGUUGAUAAAUGUAAAAAUUACGAAAAAGGAUAUUGGAGCAGAAAGUGAUACAGAACCUCUACCAGUGAAACAGUUUGCUUUGAUUGAGUACGAAAAACCAGUCACAUGUCCCCAAAACUCGCUUGUGAUUGGCUCAAAGCUGGAUACAGAUAUUCACACCAACAUGUGCCGAAUUGCCUUUCAUGGCCAUCUACUGGAAGGCAUUGUUGAUGAUUCAGAAAUGAAAACAGUUUUACCUAAGCUUAAGGUUUACAAGGUAAAAGUCCGUGAAGGUCAAGUGGAGCGAUGUCAGGAUGAAUAUUCUGUGAUAGGAAAAAAUCUGUUCAAGAAGGAGACAAACCUGCAGGCAUUUGUCAACCUGAAAGUGACAUUGUCAUCUGGGGAGAAAGGUCACAUUGAGGGAGGAUUUGGUCAAAGUGGAAAGGUCAAAAUCAGAGUUCCAGGGGGACUUCAACCCAGCACAUUCCAAAGGUAUUCUGGAACAAAGAAAAAAGGAAAGGGCAAACAGGCAUCAGAGGAUUCAACCAAUCAAACUGAAGGAGAGACUGAUCAAGAACCAGUCAAAAUCCUCCUUACAUUUAAGCGAUUUAUUUAUGAUCCAGAAAAGAAAAUGAAACAGACUUAAAAUAUAUCAGUAUUAUGAUGAGUGUUAAAUGAGAAUGUGUUGCAAAGAAUGGAAGUAUUUAAUUGUGAUGAUAAAGUUGAUGUAAAUGAUGUAAAAAAAUUAUUUAAAUGAAUGAAAUUAUUUGUGAAGCAUUGUCAGGUUUUUGAGACUGAUAAACUUCCUAGCAAGGAGACUACAACACCACUAAGUGAUAUGAUAACCACAUAGUAUUGUUGUUUUACUGUUCUUUCUUGUGUAAAGAACACAGAAUGAUUUUAAUAAUAUCUACAUUGUAACUACAGCAUUGAAAUCUUAAUAUAUAACAUAUCUGUUUUAGCAGAAUACAAAUGAACUUUAUUCUUACAAUUCUAUAUGAAUAAAAUGUGACCAAUA